AUGGUGGAGGAAGCAGAAAUUGAAAAUAAUGUAAGUGAAGAUAAACCAGUAAGUUUUGAAGAAGAAGUAGAAACCUUUUUAAUUAAUUUACAUGAUUUUGUGUAUCAUCGUAAUGCUGACGCUAUUAAAAAGUUAUUUGAUACUGAUUUUUAUACAAUAUCAGAAAUAUAUUUUAAGAACAUUAGAUGGCCAUCUAUUAAAUUGGUAGAUAAUUUUUAUAAGCAGAAAAACAGAUUUCAUAAUUUAAUUCAUUCUUUAUAUGAAGAAUUAUAUUAUCGUCAUGUUUUUAUAAUAAAUGAUGUAACAUUAGAAGAUCGUAAAAAUGCAUGGGAUAAUUAUAAAUGCCUAUUAAAUUUUAUUACAACUAUAUGCACUGACUUAUCAGGAGAUUCUAAUGAUAAUGUUUUAGUUAUGCCACAUGUAUGGAUAUAUGAUUUUUUGUCUGAAUACGUAUAUCAAUAUCAAUCAAUGUGUCAUUUCAAGGUAGAAUUAUUAAAAGAACCAGAAAAAAAUUUGAAAGGUAUAGAUUUUAUAAUAAAAAAUUCAGAAGUGUUUGAAAGCAGUAUAGUAUUAGAAGUAUUGCAUAGUUUAUUAUUAAAAGCAGAAUUUACUUCAUUGCCAGAAGAAGAAAGAAGUACCUUUGUUAAUAAUGUUUUUAAUAUUAAUAAUGAUGAUUUAACAAGUAAGUAUCAAUUUGGUUAUUUUGCUUGCUGUAUUUUAUUAAAUUUAUAUGUUUUAAUGGGAGAUUAUCACACUGCCUUAAAAAUUAUAUCCAAUAUCGAAUUAAAUCAUAAAGCGCUAUACUGGAAAGUUACAAUAUGCCAUAUAAGUAUUUUUUAUAAUAUUGCUUUUUGUUAUAUGAUGUUGAAAAGAUAUAAUGAUAGUAUUAAAAUUUUAUCACAAAUAUUAAUAUAUUUAUCAAAACAAAAAAUACAUUUAUCUAACCAACAAAGAUAUCAACAAAGUUUAAUACAUAAGCUUAUCGAUAAAAUGUAUUUAAUCAUCAUUAUUUGUCAUUCUUUAACUAAUUCUAGAUUAGAUGAAACUAUACUACAAAAUAUAAAAGAAAAUUAUUCAAAUAAAUUUUAUGCUCUGCAAUCAGCUAAUGAACAAACAUAUGCAGAUUUAUUUUUUAGAGUUGCACCAAAAUUUAUUGAUCCCUUAUCAAAUAUUAGUUUUCAAUUACUAGCUAAUUUUCAAAAUCUUCAAAAUCAAGCAUAUAAUUCAGAUCCAACCUUAAGACAAAUGUACAUAUUUUUAAAAGAUGUUACAUAUCAAAAAAAAGCAUUUUAUUUUAUUUCUUAUGCGAAAUUGUACCAUAAUAUACAACUAAAAAAAUUAGGAGAUUUAAUGAAUUAUAAAGAUGAAGAUGAUGAGAAUGUCUGUUCGGAUAUUAUGUGUGUCAAAAAUUGCAGUAAGCAGUUAAUAUGGAAAGAUGGCCCUUUGUACACAGGAGAAUCUAUUACGCAUAACUUUGGGAGUUCCUUUGAUUUUUAUAUUGAUUUAGAUAUCUUAAAUAUAAAAACAAAAGCACAGCAAAAAAUUUUUAUUGAUUAUUUUGUUCAUCAAAUAAGUAUGUGUAAAAAUCUUUUAAAUAACUUACAAGGAAAUGGUUAUAAUCACAUGUACAGAACAAAAUAUGAUCAUUUCAGAAGAAAAAAUAAAAACAAAAAUAAAAACAAACAAAAUAAUCCUCAAAUAGCAGUGGAAUAA